AUGGGUAAGAACGAUACAAGAAUCCUUAUGCAAUUUGCAGUUCUUGCAACGGUAUUAACCUCUGCAAUAUUGGUGAAAGAAGCUACAAGCCUUACCGUUUGUCAAAUCGACACGAAUGAUAUGCAGAAAUGUCGUCCAGCAGUCACUGGAAACAACCCGCCGCCUCCUGUCAACGAAUGCUGCGUAAUGGUCCGAGCCGCUAAUCUGGAAUGCUUCUGCAGAUACAAAAUUUAUCUCCCAUUAUUAGGGAUUAACCCAUCUAAAGUCGUGGCUCUUGUAGCCAAAUGUGGUGUUACAACAAUCCCUCCUGGUUGCCGAGCUUGA